AUGUCAACACUCAGGCCGUCCCCAGUCUAUCUGUGCUGUCCUGAUCUGAACUCUGAGCUGGCUGUCCACCACGUGAGGAAAGCCAUCCACAAAUCACCUUAUGGAGCGGUACAUACGCUCCGGGCCACUGCCAACAUGCCGCACAGCGCCACGGGACCUCAGCCCAAACACAGGAAACUGAGAAGACCUAAAUCUGAAGCGGGCCACGGUGGCAACGGCCAUCAAGGGCACCUUGGAUUUGCAGAUGUUGUAGCUGAUGACAGAUGGCACUGGCACGAGCACGGGAGCGUCGGGACAGUGUCUGCACCAAUCCAGAGCCACCUGCACCCCUCUGCCAGUCUACCAUACCCGCAGCAAAACAUGGACGCUGCGCGCGUGUGUGUGUCAGAGGGCGAAUUUAGCCGCUAUGGAGGCUGGUCUGGAGGUUACCCGGACAAACUCUGGCCCUCUCACUCCCGGCUGCAGGAGCUGGCGGCCGAGGAGAGAGAGAGGCACCCUCCGAUGGAGGUGAUGCUGGACAACAUCGCGGCCAGAGAGAGAGAGAGAGAGAGAGAGAGGGAGGAGGAGCAGAGGCGGAUGGACAGAGAGAAGAUAAUUGCCGCAAACAUGGCCAAAAUGUCCAAGAUGAUCGCCGACUGGAAAAAGCUGAAAAAGGAGGCAAAACAGAAGCAACGAGAGGAGGAAAUCAAGCGAGACAAACUGCUGGCCGAGGUCAGAGAGCAAUUUGGUUAUGCACUGGACCCCUCAAGUGCCAAGUUCAAAGAGAUGUUUGGUGAAAUAGAGAAAGAGAAGAAGAAGAGAAAACUCCUGAAAAGCAGGAAGAGAGAGGAAGAGCAGGGAACAGUGGCAGCCGAGUCCAGACAACAAAUACUUUUAUACAGUGCUACUGUAACAUAUUGUAAAAUUGGUUACUUUGUAAGUUUGGAAAGUGAAAAACUGAUAUUCAACUGAUAUUCAUAUAUAAUUCAUACAUGGAUAUAAUAAUUCCUCGUUAA